AUGUCAUCCUACCGCAAUCCGAUCCUGCCAGGGUUCAACCCAGAUCCAACAAUUCUUUUCCACGAUGGUUCGUACUUCAUCAUCACCUCCAGCUUUGAGUAUUUUCCCGGUCUUCCGGUGUAUGAAUCGACAGACCUAGUUUCCUGGCGCCUCAUAGGUCAUGUCUUGACAAGACCCUCACAGCUCCACUUACGGGCAUGUGAGCCCAGUGGAGGAAUCUUCGCCCCGACCUUGCGUUACAACCAGAAUGAUGGCUUGUUCUACGUCACUGUAUGUGCACUACAUCGCAUGAGAGCCGCGGUCCAAGGCGAUUCCCAACCCUCGCCCAGAGGCUUCUAUGUGACCACCAAGGAUCUGCGAGGUGGCCAGUGGUCAGACCCGGUCUACUACGACCAACUAGGUAUCGAUCAAGAUUUAUGCUUUGGUUCAGACGGCAAGACAUACCUCUCCGUCGCCCGUUCAUAUCCUAGCGAUUCCGCGCGCUUCAACUUGGGCGUCUUCACGACCGAGAUUGACUUGAUCACAGGACGAUCUCUUCGUCCGGCCGAAUUCGUCCGCCAGUCCUCCACAGAGGUACCGAUCGCCGAGGGCCCGCAUCUUAUUGAGAAGGACGAUUACUGGUACCUCUUUGUUGCAGAAGGUGGUACGGAAAUGAUGCACCAGGAAUGGGUGUAUCGUAGCCAAAGCGGUCCUUAUGGUCCUUGGGAGGUGGGGCCGGCGAAGGACGCUUCAGGACAGGGCAUCAAUCCACUCGUGUUCAAUGACACGCAUCGCGAAAUUCGCCAAACGGGACACAUGGAUAUUACCCGCGGGGGCGAUGGGAGGUGGUGGGCCGUUUUCCUAGGUGUCAGGCCUCAGUGGGAAACCUACGGAGACUGUGUUGAGUCCCAACUGGGCAGGGAGACCUUCCUGGCUCCGCUCGAGUGGAAUGAGGAAGGCUGGCCUGUGGUGAACUCGGGCCAGCCCAUAUCGAUCAAGGGACUGUCAUCCGCACAGCUGCCCCUUGCCCCGCCGGACUAUGCCAAACGAUUUCAAUUCAGUCCGGAGACUGACAUCUUUCUCGAUGGAUGGUAUCAAAUGCGGACCCCCCAGUGCAAAUUCUACUCUCUCACUGAUCGUCCCGGCAGCAUCGCUAUUCACGGCAAUGGUUACACCCUGGAGAACGAUGAGUCUCCGGCCAUUCUCCUGACAAAGCAAUUAUCUUUCAAGGCGGUCUUCGAGCUUGAUCUCGAUUUCGCGCCGGAAAACGCUGGUGAAGAGGCGGGAGUAGCUAUCUGGUAUAGCAAGUGGAACUCUGGCCGGAUCGGUGUCGUGGGUGUUAAAUCCACCAACGGACAGAUGGGCAGGGAGCUGCGCAUCCAGCUUCCGGACGUCAAGGAAGUGGCACCGAAAAUCAUCAAAACUCCAUUAUUAUCUACAAAAGAUCCCAUUCAUCUCCGCAUCGUAGCCGAGCCCACUCGGUAUCACUUCGAAGUCGCGGAGAGUGGCAGUACCUUGAAAAGGGUUGCCACGAUGUUCUCCAAGGGGCUGACAAAGACCGUUCCCAUCCCUUGGCUCUUCGUGGGAACCCAUUUUGCGAUAUACUGUCAGGGACAAGGAGAUCAAAGAUGCUUUGCUCCGGCUUUCUUUUCGAACAUAGAGAUGAGGGGAAGCCACGAUUAG